AGUGGAACAUUUCGUUACGAAGCUAAGGAUAAAUUGUUUCAUUCUUUUCUAUAUUUGCUGGGAAGUAUCGGUGUUCGUUUUUAUAAUUGCGCAUCAAAUUUUUAAACAAGAGUGUUUUCCUCAAUGAUUUAAAGAAAUUGCUUGGACGAAUUGUGUUUUGUUGGUCGAUCCAUUCAGGCAUUCACUAUGUGGUCCCCUGAUCAUGAUUCCAACGUAUUUACAAAGGAAAAUAUCGAAGUACCUUCUACACCGAGGCAUGGAAAAUGGUAUGGACCGUGUACUCCGCAAGAAGACAGACGAUCGGGUUCGCCAAGGGAAAGCCCGCGUUUGAGCUUGACCAUGUUCGCCAAGACUCCGAGAAUAUCAUUUGGCAAGGUUAAAAUUGGUUGUAGUAAAGUGAAACGAGUAGUCAUUGACAAUCCAUUAACUAUCGCCCAAAGUUUACACCUGGAAAAAUGGCCAGACAGCAAGGGGUUCAUAAUUUUUAAGCCAGUGGAACACAAGGCUACAUGGCAAUCUAAUGAUUCCGAUACCUUGGAACGUAAUGUUGAAUUCAUAAUUCCUGGAAUGAGUGAAAUGGAUUUACCAAUCAUGUGGAAACCAAACGCUGAAGGCAAUUAUAGAGAGUUGGUGACGCUGACACUUGGUGAUUUUAAUCGGUUGAAUCUUAUCAUAUUUGGGAAUGCCGUUGAUAUGACAGUUAAGACUAAGCCAAAGAUGAAAACAUUACUGCCAGAGGAUAUUAAGAAGAGUACAGUAUUGUCAUCUCAAAAGAGGAAAAUUUCAAAGACAGACAAACAUUCAACGAACAGUGUCAAAUCAAAACGCAUUCUUCGUGAAAGUAAUAGAGGUGUUCCUGAGCCUUCUGUUGCACUUGACUUUUGUUCGAGUGCAGUACCAGUAGUGAAACCUGUCAUAAAGUCUGAGAAUAGAUUGAAAGGGAAAAAUAUCACGUCGCGAAAAUUUAAAGCAAAAGUUGCAGCAAAAGGAAUUGCUCCUUCGCGACUGACAUUGACGAAGCACUUGACAACUGAGAGAAGCUUGCCAAGACAUCCGUUACCAUAUGCUGCGAAAAAUAUGUACUAUGAUGAAAAAUGGAUGGAGAAGCAGGAGAGAGGCUUCGUUCAAUGGCUGAAUCACGUUUUGACUCCUCCAGACGAGCUUGUUGUGUCAGAAGGUUCGUGCAUAUUUUCUCCUUAUGAAACAACAAAAGAUGGUGAACAGCAUCUUGCACCAACAAAAGAAGUGUUGUCGUUACGUGCUUAUACAGCAAAACGAAAGAUGGCCCGACUAAGACGCAGUGCUUGUCUUCUAUAUCAGUCGCCGCCAAUUGCGAUGGUCGCCAAGACAAUAGAGGGUGAAGUAGAGAGAAAUAGACUGAAGAUACGAGCCGAUAAACAUUUCCAUCAAGAUUUAGGAAUCAAGGAGACAAUGGUUAAAAUGCUGCUAUCGUAUAAUUCACUAUGGCUCCGCAUUGGACUUGAGACAAUCUAUGGCGAAAUAUUGACAUUGCACUCAAAUAACGACAUCGUUGGUCUGAAGCGGUUCUUGAAACGACGUUUUUUGGCAAAUCCCGAUGUCUCUAAGGAAUAUCGUCACCCAACAGUUGCUGAAGCCUAUCGUCCUGGUUACUACGAAGCACUUAAAAAAUUCACUUUAAAGAAGUUCCUCUUGCUAAUUUUGUUUUUGGACAAAGCAAAACUAACACGUUUGAUUGAUCAUGAUCCAUGCCUGUUCAAUAAAGACGCUGAAUACAAGAGCAGUCGCUUCUUACUUUUGUCGUUUUCGAGAGAUUACUUGAAAGGCGAGGGAGAUGUAACAAAACAUCUUGGUCUAUUAAACUAUAUUGUUACACACGAACAGAUACCACUUGAUGAGAUGGACUACGCUGUAACAAACUUAGCAGUUGACCUCCGGGAUGGUCUGAGAAUAACGCGAGUUAUUGAACUUCUGACACAAAACUGGCGCCUUUCUGCAAGUUUACGCGUUCCGGUCAUCAGUCGACUUCAGAAAAUUCAUAAUGUAGACGUGGCAAUCAAUGCGUUGAAAGAGAGAGGUAUUCUUGCAGAAGAACUGAAUUCAGUGAACCCCCGCCAUAUUGUCGAUGGUCAUCGGGAAAAGACUUUAUCCUUACUCUGGAUGAUUAUAUUACACUUUCAGGUGAAUCAGGUUGUAAAUGAACAGCAGAUCAAAGAUGAAAUCGCAUUCCUGAAGAAGUACUCCUCUCGGAGAAAUCAACAUUCCAAGGAAACGAUGUUUGCUGAGCGUAGCGAUGAUGAUGUUUAUAGCAAAUCAGAAAAACUCAGUUUGUUAUUAGAAUGGUGUCGAGGUGUAUGUCGCUUGUAUGGUGUCAAGGUUGACAACUUUACAGUGUCAAUGUCAGACGGUCGUGUCAUGUGCUACCUAUUACAUUACUACCACCCGAGUUUACUACGUGAGGAAGACAUCUGUCAAGAGACAACACAAACUUGUAAUCCAUAUACAGCAGAAGAUGACAGCAUUGAUGAUGACAGUUUGAACUCGAAGGACGAAAGUUUAGCUUAUAAUCAAGACCAUCCGACUCCAAAGGUUAGCCAACUAAAAGACAACGAAAGAAGAAAUUAUGAAUUGCUACGCGAGAAGGUUAAAGAGUUAGGAAGUGUUCCUUCUAUGUUGAAAUUCACAGAUUUAUCCUGCACCAUACCGGAUGAAAAGGUUAUUAUUACAUACCUUUCCUAUCUCUGCGCACGAUUAUUGGACUUGAGAUUAGAAGGUCGUGCGGCAAGGAUCAUUCAGUUAGCGUGGAGGAAAUAUCGUGAAGGGCAGCAAGUCAAGGAAAUCGAGAGAAAGAACCAUGCUGCCUAUGUUAUUCAGAAAUGCUUCAGGAUUUACAUGGAAAACAAACGGCAAGAACUCGUGAUACAUUCGACUGUCGUCAUCCAAGCGUACGUACGCGGUCACAUAGCUCGACGCAACCUACGUCAUCAGCAACGCGCAGCCGCAGUGAUCCAAUCAUACUACCGCUCCUAUCGUGACAUGUUGGAGACCCGGGACGAGUUUACCAAACUUAAACGAGUUACCUUAAGUAUGCAAUCGCUAUAUCGUGGAAACAUCACGAGACGCCAUUUGAGGCGAAUGGAAGCUGCUCGAAUGAUACAAUCAAGCUGGCGUGGUUUCCUGGUUAGACAAGAAUUUUUGAGGCAAAAACAGGCUGUUAUUUCUCUCCAAGCUGAAAUGAGAAAGUUCAUUGCAAAACGGCGUUACCGACAACUUAAAGCUAAUUCUUUGAAUAUACAGCGCAGAUACAGAGCGAAACUAUUGACAAGAAGAACCAGAGGCGAGUUUGUUAAUUUAAAGAAGACUGUAAUCAGCCUUCAAGCGAUUUGCAGGGGAAAUAUGGCUAGAAAAGAAGUAAGAAUUCUAAAAGCCGCGAUUACUAUACAGAAGUCCGUGAAAAUGCGGCGUUGUCGUCAAGAGUUCUUGAAAAUCAGGGAAAGUAUUACAAAAUUGCAAGCCAUUGUGCGAAGAAACAUCGCAGAAGCAAGGUACAAGAAAUUUAUUUUUGCUGCUGUUGUUAUUCAGAAAAGAUGGAGAGCUAAUAGGCAAGGUGUUAUUGCAAGGAAGACGUACAAACAGCUAAAAACAAGUGUAGUUGCCAUUCAGUCACACUACAGACAGCAUAUCGCUCGUAAACAGUAUCUUGAUACAAGAAAGAAAGUCAUCCUAUCACAAGCGUGUGUCAGAGCUUUCCUAGUACGAAAAGAGAUGAAUAAAAGAAUCAAUGCUUGCUCUGUAAUACAGAAUUAUUUCAGAGCUUACAUCCUUAUGAAGAAAACAGCGCAAGACUAUAAAGAGACGAAGGACGCCUCAAUCAAAAUACAAGCCGCAUGGCGGGGAAAAACAGCCCGUGAGUUGUUCAAUCAUCAAAAGUCGGUGAUUAUUUUAGCUCAAGCCCAGGUCCGUGGAUGCCUCGUGAGGAGAAACUACUUGCGCACUAAAUCAGCUGUGAUUGUGUUACAAGUUCGAUACCGUGCUCUAAAACAGAUGCAACGCCAACGUCGAGCAUACCUUGAAACAAGAGAUGCAAUUAUAACGCUCCAGGCUGCACAGCGAGGUCGUCGUGUGCGGGAAGAGAUGAAACGCAUGACGACAGCAGUUACUCUAAUCCAGACCUAUUUCCGACGCUACAUCGUGCGAGCCCACUAUGUGCACUUAAAGCAUUGUGUGGUAGUUCUCCAGCGGCAGUAUCGCGCAUGGACUGUUGGACGUCAAGUAGCUUUGGAGUACACGAGAACACGGAACGCUGCGAUAGUGAUACAGAAAUAUGCACGUGGAAUGAGUGUACGAAAGGAAAUGCACAAGCUCAAUCAAGCUGCUGUGAUUAUUCAAGCAAGCUUCAGGAGAUAUCGUCAACAUACAGCAUAUUUAGCAUUACAAAGAGUUUCAACAAACAUGCAGCGUCGAUUUCGAGCAAAUCUCAAGUUUCAAGCCGCCCGCGAGGAAUAUCUUUUGAAAAAGAAAAGCGUUAUUCUGUUGCAAAGAGCACUUCGUACAGCGAUUAGCGUCAGGCAAUAUCAACGGCAGAGACAAGCUGCUGUGGUACUACAAACACGGUGGCGAGCAGAGUUAUGUUCACGUAAGGCUAGGCUGGAGUUUCACUGUAUUCGAGACAGUGUUAUAACAAUCCAGGCUUUCGCAAGAGGUCACAAGGCACGUAAAGAGAUGAAGAGAGUAAGAGCUGCAAUCAAGAUCCAAUCCCUUUGGCGAGGUUUGGUCCAGAGGAAAAUGUAUAAGAAAAAAAGAAAUGCUGCUCAAAAGUUGCAGGCCUGUUUCCGCAUGUUGAUAGCAAAGAGCAAGUACAAGAAGCUUAAAAACACCGCUGUCUACCUCCAGAGACUUGUACGAGCUAAUCAACUAUGUCGACGUCACACUAGGGAUUACCAAACCACGCGUGCUGCAGUUGUCACACUACAAGCCGCGGUUCGUGGGUAUUACGCACGCAAGGAAUUGGAAAGAAUCAACAAAGCGGCGACUAAGAUUCAAGCCUCGUUCCGACGGUUUUUCAUACGGCAGGCGUACCUAGAGACACGUCGGAGUGCACUCGUAAUCCAACGGCGUCGACGGGCUACGAUGAUGUGCAGGCAAGCAACAACCGAAUACCAAACCCUGAGAUCCUCGGUCAUAUUGUUGCAAUCCCACAUGCGUGGUUUUAUAGCAAGGAAAAACUUCCUAGAAUCACGUGAGAAAAUCGUGCUCCUCCAAUCUGCUGUUCGUCGAAUCCAAGCACGCAAUAGUUAUUUACAAAAGCGUAAUGCAGCCUUAACGCUCCAGAAACGAUAUCGGGCCUUUGUCCAAGGUUCAACUGUAAGAAAGUUGUAUCAUCUUCAACGAGGUGCUUGUAUGGCACUUCAAGCAAAUGUCAGAAGCUGGAUCUGCCGGCGAAGAUACCUCGAGAUGAAGAAAGCUGCUAAUACUAUCCAAGUUUACUACAAGGCAACGGUUUGCGCUAGAAAGCAACGUCAAGAGUAUCUUCGAUUGCAUAAAGCUGUGCUUACUGUUCAAUCUUUCACACGUGGUUGGUUUGCACGUCGUAAAAUGCGCAGAUAUUACGCGGCAAGAUGUAUUCAAAGUUGGUGGCGGAUGUACACAGUUCGGGAAUGGUAUGCCUAUCAGCGUACGCGGGUUGUACGUACACAAAGCAUUGUUCGUACGUGGUUAUGUCGGCGAAGAUUUCUGGCACUUCAAGAAGCAGUGGUUGUAGUACAAAGACAGUACCGAGCUAAUCAGUUGGGCAGAAAAGAAAGAGAUUUGUUCAUGGAGAUAAAAGGAUCUUGCUUUAUGAUUCAACACUGCUAUCGUUUCUACCGUCAACGUCGUCUGGUUAGAAAAAUGCUUGAAAGUGCCUCAACUCUGCGGAAAGCGUCUGUAACCGUACAAAGGCGUUUCCGUGCAAACCAAUUGGCGAAGUCAACACGACAAGGGUACGUUCUCCUACGAACCUCGACCGAACUCAUACAAACCGUGUAUCGUGGCUACCGGCAACGCUCAGAAUACAAAGCAUUGAAAGCCGCUACGAUCAAAAUGCAAGCAUUAACCCGAGGAAAACAGACGAGCCAGAAUUACAAAAGAAUUCGUGCUGCAGCAGUUGUCAUUCAAAGUUGGUAUAGAGCUUGCACACAAGGACAUAUACAAAGACAAAUUUUUGUGGCACAAAAGGUGAACGCUGUGAGAAUACAGAGCUUCUACAGAGGUUUCAAGACAAGGAGUCAUUACAAAAAGCUCAAACAAGUUUCUAUUACAAUCCAGAGUUUAGUCCGCAGAAACAUCGCGCGUAAAACCUUUAUUAGACUCCGAAAUGCUGCUAUAGUCAUGCAAACAAGAGAAAGAGCUAGAGUUCUCGGUCAAACUCAAAGGAGUUUAUUUUUGAUGCAAAAAAGUUGCGCCGUUAUGCUUCAAAGUCAAUUCCGUGGUAAGCGUGAAAGGACACGAUUUGUGCAAACAAAGAACGUUGUUGUAAAACUACAAGCGUUAGUACGCCGAAAACAUGCACAAGUAGCGUUUCAAAGAGCACGAGAUGCUGUGAUAGUUUUACAGCGCAGAGAAAGAGCACGCGUUUUGGGAAAAAGGCAACGAGAAAGUUUCCUUGAACAACGGCACAGUGCAAUAUUCAUACAGAGUAUGGUACGAUCUCAUCAACAAAGGAAACGUUACGUCGAGCUCCGGCAAGCGGUGGUCACCACGCAGGCUCACGUACGUGGAAAACGAGGAUAUUGUGAAUAUCAGAAACUGCGACAGGCUGCGAUAGUAACCCAGAGGAGAGAAAGGGCGAGAACACUUGGGAAAAUGGAACGAGAAUCAUUCUUAAUGAAGAGAAAGAGUGUCGUGUGUAUUCAAAGUUGGGUGAAAGGAUGUAAAAGAAGACGAGCCUACAAGAGACUCAGGGAUGCAACUGUGACAACACAAGCAUUUGUGAGAGGACAGAAGCAGAGAAAGAAAUACAACAAGAUGAGGUUAGCAGCUGUUUGUAUUCAGAAACAUUAUCGAGCUUACAGACUUGGGAAAGAAACCCUUGGCCGUUAUCAAUGUAUAAAGAAUGCCACGAUUACCAUUCAGAGUUAUUGCCGAGGCCACUUCGAAAGACAGAUGGUUAAACGUAUAAGAGCGUGUCUAACUAUUCAAGCAGCCUAUCGAGGAUACGUCAUUAGACAUUGGUACUUUCACUUUCGUGAAACUACUGUUUAUGUCCAAUCGUUACAACGAAUGAAACACGAGCAGAAGCAAUACAAAGAACUACGAAAUGCAACUAUUGAAUUACAGCGAAGAGUUAGGGCUAACCAACUUGGUCGUAAAGUGAAAAUCGAUUACCUUGAAACACGGAAUAAGGUUAUUCUCAUUCAAGCACAUUGGCGUGGGUUUAAAGCCCGUGAAGACGUCGAACGAAUUAAAUCAGCUGAAGUCAUUCAAAGAUGGUACCGCGCAUGCAUAGCAAGUCGCCGGGUGUAUACUCAGUUUGUACUGUUGAGAAAAUCGAUCAUUAGCAUGCAGGCUUGUUACCGUGGUAACAUAGCACGACAACAAUUCAGACGUGAACGGGCAGCUCGAUUAAUCCAGGCUCAUGUGAGAGGCUAUUUCGCGAGAGCAUUAGUCAAGAGACUACAAGCAGAGAAAGAAGCUAGAUUGUUACGAUUCGCAGCUGCAACUUAUGCGAACCUUAUGGUCAUACGUUUACAACGUGUUUAUCGCAAAACCAGAGCGAUUGCUUUGUUCAGAGCUAAGAUGGACCGUUUAGUUUUUCUUCAGCGAUGGUGGAGAGCAAAGUUGGAAAGAUUGUCUUACCUCAGGAAGCGGUACCUUGUCUGCCAGGUCCAAAGGGUAUGGCGCGCAAAGCUUGAUAAGAAGAACCAAUCAGCAAUCAAGAUACAAUCCGCAGUGAGAUCAUUCCUUGCUAAACGAUCUGUCGAGAGACGAAAAAAAGCAAUUAUUACUCUUCAGUGUGUCUGGCGAGGAUACAAUGUCAGAAAACAUUUCAAUACGAUGAAAUUCAAGAAAGCUAGACAACGAAUAUUUUUGGCCAAUUCUAAUGUUACCGAGUCCAUGAAGCUUUGCAAUCUUACAAGUUCUGCUUUGGAUUAUUUGUUGAGAUGUAAAAAUCUCACAACAGUUCGUGAGGCUUUAGUUCACCUUGAGGUCGCAUCACGAUUAUCAAACAAAUGUGCUGAACAACUCGUGACGGACAGUGCACUUCAUGUGAUUUUCAAAGUCGUUCGUGAUUCCAAUCGCAGUCUCGCGCAUAUGGGCUUGAUAAAACUCGCCCUGGAUAUCUUUGUUAAUGUUUCUAAGUGUCCUACUACAAAGAAUGCUGUUGUGACUAAGGAACCGAAUUCAUUCGAUACGCUGGUUGAAUUAGCGUGUAUAUUCCGCGAGAAACAUGAAAUUUUUCUAAGAGUUACGAACCUUCUCACGAUAUUGUGUGGGAAUGAAGAAAUUAAAGAGGGCUUGCUCAGUAUGGAAAAAGCCGUGAACAAAAUCAAAUCAAUUUACGCAAUUACAAAGAGAAAAAAUGAUUUUGAAAGGAAACGCAACACAGCAAAAGUCAAUAAGCUGAAAGUGUCAAGUCGAAACCCAACGAAAUCGGGCAAUAGUACGACUGCUGUUAAUCCGUUGUCAGCAGUCGUCAGCUUAGUAGAAACGUUAGGUUUGGAUAUGUAAAUAUGUUUGGAUAAGAAUGAACUUUUAAUAUCUCACUGACAAUCUUAGCAGCAGCGAGGACAUGCAAAGAAAACUGGUCUCAUGGUUUGAGAUAACAUAUGGAAAACUACACCAUAGUUCGGAUUAAAAAAUCAGUCGCCAUAUCAAACUUUUUCUGAAUUUAAAAAGAAAAGGAUUCGCCUUAAGGCGGUUUUCCACCAGGCGGAAUUUUUCGAUCGAACGAAAUUUUUCGCUCGAUUUUCUUUUCAAUUGUGACCGGUGAAGAGAAUCCUCUACGGCGAAUUCUCGUAAUUGAAAAGAAUAUCAGACGAAAAGUUUCGUUCGAUUGAAAAAUUCCGCCUAUAGUGGAAGACCGUCUUUAGACAGCACUUAAGCUUAGCAUAAAUCAUUGAACUUUACUAUUCUAAUGAUUACGAUUUCGUUUUUAUGUGUAAUUUACGCGUUUAAAAAGUGAUGUUUUGAACUGUCAUAUAUAAACCUAUAUAUCCAUCGCUAUUACUUUAUAUAUACUUUAUGUUUAUGUAUAUAUCUUAUGCAACGACGUAGUCAAGGAUUUUUGUACAUGGUAAAAAACGAUACUUAUUGUCGGAA